AUGCCGGCCGACAUCACAGCCGCGGGCGCCGCCGACGCUGCGCUGACAACGUCACCACGCAAGCGCGCUCGCAUCUCGCAGCCAAUCGAACCCUCGCCACCCGACUACAAGCACCAACACCACGGCCAAAACGCCAGCCGUGCGCAUCCCCAGCACCACCACCAGCGCCAUCCCGGCAACGACGACAACGCCAACGACACCACCCCCUCCUCUUCCGACGACGACGAAGACGACGACGCCGACGCUGACGGCGAUCAAGACCACGCUCGUUCCUCCAGCGCGAAUCAGUCGGCCUCGGAUCAUCAUCGCGACCCCUCGCGCCCAACAAACGACGGAACAGGAGGCGCAUCAGCAUCAGCGGCAGCCGCAGCAGCCGCCGAUGCCCAGCAGAAAAAGAUCAGCUGCCUCGUCUGCAGAGACGCAAAGGUCAAGUGCGUGCCCACCACCGAGGGCGAACCGUGCGUCCGAUGCUCUAAGCUCGGCAAGGAGUGCAUCUUCCGCACCCACAAGCGCGGCAGAAAGCCCGGAAAGAUCAAAUCGCAGCAGAUCCAACGCCGCCUCGAAAUCAUCGACAAGACCCUCGCCGAGAUCCAGGAGCUCAACCGCGACGUCCGCGACCCGGACGCAGAGAGCCUCGUAAAGACCCUUACCUGGCAGCUCCACCGCUCCAAGUUCUUCUCAAAGGGGCAGAAGCCCCAGUACACCCGUCAGAGCCCGCAGCCAACCCGCUCCGUCUCGCACAACCCCGAAUCUCGCGCCAACGACAGCAGCGCAGACGCCGCCGGCGCUGCUGCCGGCGUCGCCGUCUCCGCUGCUGACGAUGCGGACGCGGCGGCCCCAUCGGCAGCUGUUCGUGACGCCGACGACCGGGGCCGUCCCGUCUCGACGGCCAUGAGGGCCGUGCACUCGGGAUCCUCGGUCCCACGGCACCACCAACACCCUCGCUCCCAGAGCCCGGUGUCCAGAUCGAAGCCCUCGCUGGACGCUGGAGCAGCCGUGGCCCGGUCAAAAUCCGACUUCAACAUGCUGAUUGACCUCGAGGACGAGGCUUCCAUCGCACGCGUGCCAGACGAGAUCUACACGCUGUCCAACCCGCUCAAGCUGCUCGCGCAGGCCAGCGGCGAUCCCAGGCUCAGGCCGGGGGGAGGCAGCGGAAGCGUCGCCGGUGCUGGAUCCAAGAAGUCCAAAUCGGCCUCGGAGCGGGCUGGCGGCGGCGCCGGCGGUGGCGAUGACGACGAAGAGGACGACGGCGACGAUGAUGACCUGGACGAGGAGGGCAACCCGCGGACGGGCGAGGUGGUCGCAGAGACGAUCGAAGAGGUUGGCAUUGUCAGCGCCGAGCAGGCCGAGCGCCUCAUCCAGCGCUUCUACUCCGACUUUUCGACAUUCAUGCACAUCUUUGACCCGCACCUCUCGACGAUCGCGUACGUCCGCAAGCACUCGGCCUUUUUGCUGACGGUGCUCUGCGCCACGGCGGCCGAGUACAGCCUGCCAAGCAACGGCAGCGGCAGCGGCAGCGAUGGCGACGCAGCAGCAGCAGGAGCCGGGGCGGGCGGUGGAGGUGCAGAGGACGAGGCGACGCCGGAGCUGGCCAAGGCGCUGCGGCGUCACGUCGACGACAUGAUGCCCGCCAUCAUGUGCGGCGACUACAAGACGGUCGAGAUGGCGCAGGGCUUCCUGGUGCUGGCCGCCUACCAGCCCAUGUCGGACAGCGCCAUGUCUGACCAGACGUGGGCGUACCUGGGCAACGCGAUCCGCAUCGCCACCGAGCUCGGGUGCAACCUGUGCUGCUACUCGCUCUCGACGCCCAAGGCGCACCAGCAGGAGCACUACCAGCGCCAGCUGCGCAACACGGAGCGGCUGUGGCUCAACCUGUGGAUCUUUGAAAAGACGCUCUCGUCGCAGACUGGCCAGCGCUUCCACCUCAGCGAGGAUGGCGUCAUCGCCAUGUGCUCGAGCUGGCACCGGCAGGCGUACGCGCUGCCCCAGGACGAGGCGCUCGUCGCCUUUGUCGAGCUGCGGCGCAUCAUGUCGACCCAGUCGGACCACUUCAACACCCACAUUCUCCGCAGCCUCACCGCCCGCCUCGGACCCAUGCGAUCCGACGCAGAGGCGGGUGCAGGCGCAGGCAGCGCCGGCAGCAGCAGCGGCGGGGAAGCAGGUGGCGGCAGACCGUCGCACAAGGACAGCGCGCCGGCGUUUGCGGAGCUCAGCAGCGAGGAGACGCAGCAUCUCGGCCUGCAGCUCGAGUUUUUCCGCAACUCGGUACAGAUGGACCUGAGGCGGUGGGAGGAGCGCUGGCUCAGCGGGAUCGCCUCGACCUCGAACGUCGCCGCGCCGAGCAGUGGCAAUGGCAGUGGCGUCGGUGGCGGCAGCGAGCAGGCAGCGGAAGGGGAUGCAGAAGCGCAGAAGCCCACGCCGCUCCAGAUCAUCGGCGCCCUCUACCUCGACUACGCGGCGCUCGUCACCUACUCGCUGCCGCUGCCCAUCCGCUACACGGUCGACGUCUCGGGCGAGAUGGAACACCUCUACCGGCACUGCUACAUCGCCGCCACAGGCUACAUGAGCGUGUUUGCGGACCGCUGCCAGCGCGGGCUUAUGCGCCACAUCACCAACUCGUCGGUCGUGUCGGCCGUCUACUCGGCCGUCCUUGCGCUCGACCUCUGCCGACGCGCCUCGCAGCUGCCCUUUAUCCGGCCCCGCUCCGUCUACGCCCAGGCGCGCAAGGUGUCGGCGCUGCUGCAGGAGAUCGGACAGGCGUCGCCCAACCGCAACGCCACGCUGCGAUCGCGGACGGUGGCGUCCAAGUACUCGGAGUUCCUCGGCGGCGUCCUGGACCGCAUGGGCCACGCCGAGGGCAGGCGGCUCGGCGACCGAUACGGCUCGUCGGUGCCGCGCGGCGUGUCGUCAUCGUCCUCCUCGGCCGCUGCCGCCGCCACCGCCGGUGCCGCCACCGCUUCUACCGGCGGUCAUCCCGGGAUUGGAGCGGAUGCGGAUCGGCACACGUCGGCCGCAGAUGGGUUCGACCAGUUCCCGUCGCACGAGAGGACGGGCUUCACGCCGCUGCUGCAGGCCUCAUCGGCCACAUUCGACGCGCUGCAGGGCAGCGGUAUGGUCCUUGACGACGACAUGCUGCAGGCCUACCCUGGAGCCAUCCCGACGAGCGCCUCGGCGGCGGCGGCGUCGCGGUCGUCGCGCCAGGCCGCCUACGCGCGCGCCACGACGGCCUCGCAGCGGCACAGCAACAACAUGCACUUCCACCCGGGCCUGUUUGGACCGUCGACGUCGUCGUCGGCCUCGUCGUCGUCGCAGCAGGCCGGCCUGCCCAUCGGCCAGUCGGCGUUUGAUGCCGUGGGCCCGCCGCCGCCGUUUGGAGCGCCGCCGAUGCAGGCGGCUACGACGGCGCCAGGCUCGUCGGCGCAGGGCAACGCGGCCACCACGCCCGGCUCGUCGACGACGGGCUCGAUUGGCCACACGGCGCAGGAGUCCAACGCGCUCGACAAGCACUGGUCCUGGAUGAUGUCCGACCUCGACUUUUUCCAGCUCGACGGCGGCGAUCCGAUCAUGGACCAGAUGGGUCGGCUGUUUGCAUAG